GUGGGAUGACGGGAAGUCACGUGAUCACCCAAGAUGGCGGCGCCCAUGUAAAAGAAAUUCGGAAAUCUCACAAAUAUCGGUUUUCCCGUAUCUUGGUGUACCAACUUCCUUGGGUGUACUUACUAGUUCAUCAAGCCUAUUUGUCAAAACUACUAGUAUGAGAUGACAAAGAGAGGACGGUCAUGGAGAGACAGGAGGAGGAAAGCCAAGCAGAAAGAAGAGGGUGUUCUACCGGCCUCACUGAUGUCCAGAGAUGACAACGUUGAACUGAUGAGAUGGCUGAGGAAGAAUGGCUUUCAGGAGACUCACCUUGUUCUCACAGACUUCCCUGACACAGGGAGAGGAGUCAUGGCUACCAGGAAUCUAAAGGCAGGAGACUGUAUUGUGAGUCUACCAGAAAACUUGCUCAUCACAACUGCAACAGUGGUUAACAGCCAUCUCGGCCAAUUUAUCAAAAACUGGAAACCACCUCUCACCCCAAAGCAGGUCCUCAGUCUGUACCUGAUUGCUGAGAAAUCCCGUGGGAAGGACUCCUUCUGGUACCCAUACCUCCAGACUUUACCUACAUCCUACACAACUCCCUCCUACUUCUCCACUGCUGAAGUAGACGCCCUUCCUCCUGCUGUGCGGGAGGCCACCUUGCAGCACAGGAGAGUACUGCAGGGCUCUUACAAAUCCUUGAAAGCAUCCCUGCACACCCUGGAGCCCCUGUUUCCCGAUUGGAAGGCUGUUUUUACAUUCAAGUCCUAUCGGUGGGCAUGGGCAACAGUGUACACCAGAUCUGUGUACAAGAGAGGCCCAGGUUGGGAGUUUUUGGACCCCAGUGACCCUGAUGUGUAUGCCUUGGCCCCAUUCUUAGACAUGUUGAAUCAUUCUCCUUCUGUACAGACAGACACUGACUUCAACGUGAACAGCAAAUGUUAUGAGGUGAAGACAGAGACUGCCUGUAGAAAGUACAGCCAGGUGUUCAUCAACUAUGACCCCUAUGACAAUGUCAGACUACUGAUGGAGUAUGGCUUUGUGAUCCCUCACAAUCCUCACAGUGUUGUAACUUUUACUGUAGAUGACCUUGUGGCUUGCUUGGCUGCUGAUAGGAAUGAUAUGAGUACUAGUAAGAAUCUGCUACAGAAGAAGAGGGAACUGCUGUCACAGGAAAACCUCACUGAAGAUCUCAGCUGUAGUGCAGAAGGCCUAUCUUGGAGACUGCAAACUGCACUGCAGGUGCUCUGUAUGGACCAUGACAGCAUUUGUAACUGGUGGAUUGUACUAGGACAGACAUCUCAGAACCCAGACCUCUGGUCAGCAGCCAGGCUUGUUGCACAGAGACUGAUCAGUAAAAAACUGGAGCAGCACUGCUCUAUAACACAGAUUGCAGAGAAAGUCUUGGACCCAGGAAGCUCACUAAUAGGUGUAUUUAUUCUAAUGUUACUUAGAGAGGAUCUCCAUAUACUGGAGCAUAGCUUGAAGGACUUAAAAUCACAAACAGAUGAUUCCAUUGACAAAUGAUCUGUUUUUCACUCGAUAAUCUCUUAAAAAGUCAAGGAACCACUAUUGUUUGUUAUGAACAGGAUACUGAGGAUCAAAGAUUGACAAAACACUUGUUUCUUCUUUUGUGUUUAUUUGUUUGUUUCACUGCACGCAUCCCAUUACAAACACAUUCUGAGAGCGCACAAAAGACGCCCUGACUUACUAACACAGUUACUCCAACUGCACACAUCCAAGUAACAGUCUAGAAAGAGGUAUAACAUGACAAGUGUUUAGAUAGAAUUUACACGAUUGUAUAAAUGUUACUUAAAUCUGUAUAUACGUCUGUGCUUUGUUCUUAAAGAUAUUAGAUGUACCUAUCAUUAAAAUUAUAUGUAAUUACAGAAACAAAAUACGUCUUCUUAGUUUUAUUACCUUUGCCAAGAUGUUUUCAGGGGCGUUCGUGUGUGUGUCUAUUUGUCUGUGUGUGUGUGUGUGUGUGUGUGUGUGUGUCUGUAAACACGAUAACUUGAGAAGGCUUCAAUGAGUUGAUAUUGAGUUUAUAUUUGGUCAAUGACUCGA